AGUGAGCCAGAGCAUGGAUUGCAAUCCGGAAAUCACGGAAGAAGUGCUGGAGGAGGCCUCCAAUAACCAGCCGGUGGUUGUGACGCUACCGCUCGAUGUCUACAAUGAGCAGGCGGAGACAAUAAGGACAAUCCAGACAGAUGUGGCUUACAUCAAGGAGCAAUUCAAAGUGUUGUUGCAGCACGGAAUGCCUGAGGGUAACUCCACUACAUCAGUGUCAAUCGAAUCCAUAAGAGAGAUUAUGCCUCUAAACUCAACCGAGGCGUUGGUUGACUUCGAAGUGUUUCUGGAGAAAAAUAACAAUAAAAAGGCGUUUGAAAAGUUUCUGGCGUCUUUUGUGUUGCUCAAGAAGCCUCUGAGGGAAAUAACCAUGCUUCUGAUUGAGAAAGUGUUCAGCCUAUACUUGCAGACGCAAGUGAAUUAUUCAGGAGCUGGUGGCAAACACCCACUCAAAUCGUUGUGUUCAACGCAAGUAUUGAUCAAAUCGAUUGUCGAUCAUUCCCUCUUCGACACCACAGAAGACCCGGCUACACUGGCAUGUGCCGAAUUCCGAUACCAAAUGCAACAUGUAUGUGAUCGAGUUAGGACCAGUGAACGACGGCAAUCUGCAACCACAAACCGAAACCUGACGAGCCGUAAGAAACUCCGUGUUCCACUGAAGGUGGAGUUCCUCAACGUGCACGAUGACGACGAAGAAGUGGACAAAGAUGCACCCUAAGACAAUGCGACUUGAGAUAAUGAAAUUAAAAAGAAGUGAAUGAAUUUUAAAAGUAACACUGUUUGUAUUUGAUUGUUUUAAAUAUUUUUUUUAAAAUAAAAAGACAUAAAACUGGA